AUGUUUGCAACAAUGCUGAAGAUAUUUGCAAUUAUAGCAGCCCUCUCAGGCCACAUCAGCGGCGUGACAGUGACAGCUCCCCAGAGCCUGGUGAACAUCACUGUUGGUGGAAAUGCCACUCUUCUCUGCACAUACACAACAACUAAGUCUCUGGAGUCACUUUUCAUUCAGUGGAGUUUUUACAGUGCCAAAGAGAAACAACCUCUAACACAUUCCCCGUGCCGCAAUAUUCAGAGUAUGGAUGAAAAGUCAGUCAAUCAUUGUCAAAAGACGGUGUAUGUGACAGAUGCACGGGGGAGAUGUAGCUGGAAACACCAGAUCUAUUAUUUUCAGAAUGGACAGGCUUAUGAGUAUGGAGAGUUCAAGAACAGAAUAAACGUGACAACAAACCAAGGAAAUGCAUCAAUAACAAUUUCCAACAUGCAACCCGCAGACACCGGGCUUUAUACCUGCGAAGUUUUCAGCCCAGAAGAUUCAACUGGACAGAACCAGAAAUCAGUGGCUGUCAGUGUACUGGUCAAACCUUCACAGCCUCACUGUAGCUUACGGGGAACUCCUGAGACAGGCCACCUUGUCUCUCUCUCCUGCUAUUCUGAAGAAGGGAUGCCUGCGCCUACAUACCAGUGGUAUAAAGUAUCAGAGGGGACCCAGAAACCCGUGACAGAACAAUUCAAUACAAAAACUGGGCUUUUGAUUAUUGGUAAUCUCACCACCUUUGAAGCUGGAUACUACCGGUGCAUAGCUAGUAACAGCCUUGGAAACAGCAGCUGUGAAGUUGACUUGACUGCAGCACAUUCAGAAGGUGGUCUCAUUGCUGGAGCAUUAAUUGGAGCAAUUCUGGGAGCAGUUGUUAUCUGCAUUGUUGUCUGGUUUUUAACCAAGAGGGAGAAGAAAAAGGAGAGAAAAGAGAAAGCAGCAAAUAGUGAAAUGCAACCAAUGACUCAGAAACAACAGGCAAAUGUGGAAUAUGCUAAUAUACCCACCCAAGAAAAUGAGUCUGUUGCCACUGCUACACCAAGCAGACAAGCUAAUGCAGCCAAUGAAUACUCUACUGCUGCGGAAACUGCUGCCUCUGGAAUGCCUGAAAACGAUGAGAUGCAAGGAGUGGAGACACAAACAAGAGCCUAAAAAUUCUAUUGCAAUUUCCUUAUCCGCUAUGGACCCCAUCCUCAAAAAUAUUGGUAUUGAAUUAACGCAGGAAGUAGUGGGGUUAUAACCCACACACCUGCAUUUGUGGUAUUAAUCACAAGGUGGGAGUUUGAAGGUCAUGCCUUCAACCAUCCAAGAAGUAUGUAUAUCAUGGCCUCAUUUUUCAAUUUUGUUAUUGCACUUAUUAACUAUCUAGCUAUGACUGUACCAAAUAUGAACGACAGCAUAGUUAAUAUCUCCAUUUAUCCAACCCAUUUGAGAAUAUUAAUUAUUAAAUGGGUUUGGAAAGACAGACAACAUUGGAGCUUUCUUAUUGGCUGCUGGUGAAGCUAUGUGAUGGCUUGUAAACACCGGAGUCCCUUUUCUGAAAGAAAAUGGUCAUUGCCAGCCAAUCUGAAGUGUUGCAUGUGCUGAGAAUGGCACAGGACGACUGUCUUAGCAAAUACAUUACAGUAUCUAAGGACCUAAUCCCACACCUUGGAAAUCAAUGGGAGUUUGGCCACUGACUUCAACAGGUGCAGGAGCAGACUCUUAGAGCAUGUGUUCAUAUCUGCCUCUAGUAGCCAUCCCCAGCAACAGUAACAGCCUGCUUCUCACUCGCAGCUAACGCAGUUACACUUUUAACUAAAGAAGUACUGCGGUAGGAAUGUUGUUGAAGUUCCUGGGUUCAAUUAUCACUGAUGAUCAGAGUCUGUAUGAAUGGCUCAUUAACCAAAACAAGAGGAUAUCAACAUCUGAGGCAAACUCAUAAAUUCAGACUGAUGAGGUGCUAAUUAUGAUCUGUACUAUAAAAGAGGGUUCAGUUUUGGCCAACAUUAUUUAUAAAAUUCCAUAUCUACCACUUUGCUGUACUCUAGAGAGUUCUCUUUAUACAUACAGACACUUAAAUUCUAUAUGCCAGCGUACAAUGUACUCGGCCACAUUUUUCAGUUUUGUUGCUUACGUUGAAAAUUGACUGGACUAGAUGAUAGGGGUCAAAUCCUGAACUUGCUGAAGUCAAUGGCAAAAUCUCCAGUGAAGUCAACAGUGCCAGGAUUUCACUCUAGCGGGUACCCAAGCCAAAAUAUCUAAAAUGUCUGGGCCAAAUCUGAAGUCAUUACUCAGAGCUGUCUCUGCAGACAAAACUCCCAUUAAUUUUAAUGGAUAUUUUGCCUGAGCAAAGACUGCAGGUUUGGGUCCUUAAAUUUGAUGAUCAUUAUGAGGUUACCUGAAAUUUUCAAUAAUCUUAUUGAAGUUGCCUUGUGAGUAUGACAAAAACUACAGUACUAAAUAAACAAACUCACUAGGAAAAAAAAGUAAUGAGGAAGUACAAUCUGCUCAUUGAUUAUAUGUCAUUCCUCACCACAGGUGAAAAAAAUGUUUGCGAACAAAAUAUUUCAAGUUUCAGAGUAGCAGCCGUGUUAGUCUGUAUCCGCAAAAAGAACAGGAGUACUUGUGGCACCUUAGAG